AUGGUGCGAGGACAUCGAAAGACGCGCGCGUCGCGCGGCGCCGCGCGGGGAGAAACGAGCGCGGCGGGACGGGAGGACGGGGCAUCGGCGAGCGGGCCAUCGAUCGUGCGGGAGGACAUCCUGCGACGGUGCUUCGAGACGAUCGACGCCGAACGCGCGGGUUCGAUCGCGGUCGAGGAGUUUCUCGAUCGAUUGCGCUCGGAUGGUGAGAUGACGGACGAUCUGCAGAGCGGGACGGAGCCGUGGGCGACGGAGAGCGAUUUGGAUACGGUGUUCGCGCGACUCGACGCGGCGGCGACGCGAAAGACGACGGUCGAUGAGUUCAUCGCGCUAUUUUAUGUGGCCCGGGCGAAGGAUGUGAAGGAAGAAUUGGUGAAAGAUGUCAGGGAUGCGAAGGUCGAGGCGUCGAAGGAGGUCGCGGAGUCGCGGAUGAUGGAGGAGGUCGCUCCGGCGGCGCCGACGGCGAAGUCGGAGGAAGUGCGAAUCAAACCGCAGCCAGUGCCGACGGUCGCGCCGGCGCCGGCGGUUGUUGAUACGAAGUAUCUGCACAAAGUCUUCGAGCUGAUCGAUUACGACGAAGACGGAGAGGUAACGCUGGUCGAGUUUUUGUCCGCCUUGCACUCGAACCCAGAAAUCGGCGCCUUGCUCGACGAAGGCACGGCGGAAGGCGAUGAUGUUUCGAAGGUCGUCAGCGAUGUGUUCUCGAAGAUGGAUGCUGAUCAGAACAAGAGCGUUUCUUUCGAUGAGUUUGUGGAGUACUUCACGGUGCAGCAAGACAAGAACGCUUCCCAUACUUUGAAUAAACUUUCGCCCGAAGAGAAGCAGGCGCUCAUUGAGUCGGCAAACAAGCAAAAGGUUAGAAGUAUGAGUGCGUUCAAGCGGGGCAUUCGAUUCGUUAGUAAGCAAACGCUCAAAGCUGGACUGAGGAAAAGCGAAAAAGAUCGCAAGGAAGAGAACUUGAGCAAGAUGCAGGAUUCCGAUUUGUUGGUGUUGAAGUCGUAUCUUCGCGAUGUGUUCAAACUCAUUGACUACGAAAGGAACGAGCGCAUCGUAAUCCAAGAGUUUCUGUCGGAGUGCACCAUCAAUACGAACAUCUCGGUAGCGCUCGACGUGGGAACAACGGUUUCUGAUAAUCCAGAGUACACGAAAAGCAUGGUCGCAAUGGUCUUCAAGGCGAUGGCGAUCGAUAAGAAGCGCGUCGUGAGGUUCAAAGAUUUUGUCAACUACUUCAUCAGGCUCGGUUCGGAUAAGUUCAACUCGCAUUCACCGUUAGCACGAAAUAGCGAAGCGAGCAAAACACGUUCCGCCGAUGAAAACAAUCAAAUCAGCGCAUUGGUGGCAGAACUCUACGAGCUCAAAAACAAGACUUUGGCGCCACCACCGAAACCCCCAGUUGAGACGACGAUUCCGCAACCUUCUCCUCUAGAGGUCGUAGAGAUUCCGCAACCUCCUCCUCGGCAGGAUAUGGAUCAGAUGGACGGUUUGGUGUAUGGAAAUGAGGCAAACGCCGACCUUUUACGGGAAGUACAACUGUUGCGCGAGGAAAUCGAGGCUCUCACGGCCGAAAAUCAACGACAUAACAACAUCAACAACAUGCUCAAGCUCAAGAUGAGCGCGUUGACGCACAUGUAUGCAGUGCAAAGCGCCGAGUUUCAGGCUCUGAUCGAUGCGACGCGUGAGGUUUAG